AUGUUCCGGGACGAAGUGGACGUGACGGCGGCCGAUGGAACGAGUAUGCGCGGGUAUCUGGUCUCCUCCAAGAUGGCGCAGAAAUUCUGGAGGCGGGAAGAGCGGCCCGUGGUGCUUCUGCUCGCGGAUGAGCGAGGCUGGCGCAGCGUCCAAACCCGGAAGCUGGCGGACCACAUGUCCUUCCUGAGCAACCAUGUCUUCUUCGUCCCAGACCUCUACCGCGGCCAGGUCUUCAAGAAGGGGCAGUCCAAGGAAGCGUGGCGGGCGGCGCAUCCCCCCAUUCGCCUCCUACAAGACGCGAGGAGCGCGAUGGAGAGCCUGGUCAGGAACUACAACGCCACGGCGACAGGCUUUAUCAAGACCCAUGCCGUCGUUGCUAUGUGCCCUGUGGGCUAUGACGCGCCCAAGGUAGCGGAAGCGCUGAAGUCCACCCCUGCUCUGGUCAUCUUUCCAGGGCAGGACAAUCCCGAGGCGCCAUUGCAAAAUGCACUGACCCUGAUGGAUGGUUUUGCCUCGCACAAGGCCUUGCCGUACAUGGGUCUUCAAAGAUUGCCACUUGCAUUUUCUUACACGACCUGCACCAAACGAGGAGUCGGCCGCUGA